ACGUGAUAUCAAGUGGUUCUGCAGGACCAAACUAGUCUUUUUCACCUUCCUUGUGGAGUAUUACCUUGAAGGCCUCAGGGCUACAAAUGUUAGGAAAGGAUGCCACAGACACCUCCCUUCACAGCGAUGUUUGACAGCAGUGGAUACAACAGGAACGUCUAUCAGUCAAAAGAGGACAACUGUGGAGGACUCAAUUACCACGACAACAACCUGCUGUCAGGGUCUCUGGAAGCUCUGAUCCAGCACUUAGUACCCAAUGUGGAUUACUACCCUGAUAGGACGUAUAUCUUCACCUUCCUCCUCAGUUCACGGCUCUUCAUGCAUCCGUACGAGCUGAUGGCCAGGGUUUGCCAUCUGUGCACCGAGCAGCAGAGACUAAGCGAACCUGGCCUGGACAAGAACCGGACACGAAAAAUUGCACCCAAAAUCCUACAGCUUUUGACUGAAUGGACAGAGACUUUUCCUUACGAUUUCCGAGAUGAAAGAAUGAUGAGGAAUUUAAAGGAAUUGGCACAACGAAUAGCCAGUGGCGACGAGAUGUAUCGGAAGAAUGUACAGCAGCUCCUCCAGAACCUGAUUCGGAAACUUGCCACUGUCAGCCAGUAUGAGGAAGUACUUGCAAAAAUCAGUGCCACGGCCACAGAUCGACUCACAGUGCUAAAGACCAAGCCCCAGUCCGUGCAGAGGGACAUAAUCACAGUCUGCAAUGAUCCCUACACAUUAGCUCAGCAGCUGACGCACAUAGAGCUGGAGCGACUGAAUUACAUUGGGCCAGAAGAAUUUGUCCAGGCCUUUGUACAAAAGGAUCCUUUGGAUAACGACAAGAGCUGCUACGGAGAUCGAAAGAAGACCCGUAACCUGGAAGCCUAUGUAGAAUGGUUUAACAGGCUCAGCUACUUGGUUGCAACAGAAAUCUGUAUGCCUGUGAAGAAGAAGCACAGAGCCCGAGUGAUAGAAUAUUUCACUGACGUAGCCCGGGAAUGUUUCAACAUUGGCAACUUUAACUCCUUAAUGGCUAUUAUUUCUGGCAUGAACAUGAGCCCUGUCUCUCGAUUAAAGAAAACUUGGGCAAAAGUGAAGACAGCCAAAUUUGAUAUCCUUGAGCAUCAGAUGGACCCUUCUAGUAAUUUUUAUAAUUACCGAACUGCUCUGCGUGGAGCUGCUCAGAGGUCCUUGACAGCUCACAGCAACAGAGAGAAGAUCGUGAUCCCUUUCUUCAGCCUCUUGAUCAAAGAUAUUUACUUCCUCAAUGAGGGCUGUGCCAAUCGUCUUCCGAAUGGCCACAUCAAUUUUGAAAAAUUUUGGGAGUUGGCUAAACAAGUGAGUGAAUUUAUGACAUGGAAGCAAGUGGAGUGUCCAUUCGAAAGGGAUCGCAAGAUCCUGCAGUACUUGCUCACUGUCCCAGUCUUCAGUGAUGAUGCACUUUACUUGGCUUCCUAUGAGAGCGAAAGUCCUGAGAAUCACAUUGAAAAGGACAGAUGGAAGACUCUGAGGUCUACGCUCCUGGGCAGAGUCUGAUACAUGAGCUGGCUGCUGCUUCUGCUGUUGCUGCAUUAUGUGGAUUAUUAAGGGGCAAGGCUUGGUUUAUUUUUUUCUGUGCACCAGGCGGCAUUCAGAGUAAUGAGAACUGUGCAUCAGUCAAGAUAUCGUGUCAGCAAAGAUGAAACAAGUCAAUAAACAGGACAAGCAGGCAGCUUCUCACAGCUGACAGCUGAGAUGAAAUCACAGCCCACUCGGUUGAAGUAUCGACUGAAGACGGUGCUGACAGAAGGCUUUGAAGAGCUUGGAUGCUGCCUAUGAAUCAUUUCACACCUGGAUGGAAUAUUUCCCUGUUCUUUAUACUGGAGCUUGAUGCUGCUAGGACUCCAGAGCUGAUACUAGGUCGCAGAGGGA